CGUGCCCGUCGAGAGGAGAGGAGGAGGAUAACCUGGAGAUAUUAUUGUGAGACUGGGGCCAGCCUAUGGCCCACUCUCAUGGGAUGGCUCGGCCCGGUAGGCUGAGGUGGCCCAGUCCCCUUAAAGCCCCGAAUAUUGGUAAAGCGAGCAUGCCAAACCAAACGAGACUAGAAAGUGCGGAACUUCUGAACUCUUCCGGCAAAAGCAAUGGCGGAGCACCCUAUCCGGUUCGGCAUCCUGGGGUGCGCGAACAUCGCCCGCAAGCUCUCCCGGGCCAUCUCUCUCUCCCCCAACGCCACCGUCGUCGCCGUCGGCAGCCGCUCCCUCGACAAGGCCCAGCGCUUCAUCGCCGACAACGGCCUCCCGCCGGCCACCCGCGCCCACGGCUCCUACGAGGCCGUGCUCGACGACCCGGCCGUCGACGCCGUCUACGUGCCGCUCCCCACCAGCCUCCAUGAGCGCUGGGCGGUGGCCGCGGCGGAGCGCGGGAAGCACGUGCUCCUCGAGAAGCCCACGGCGCUGUCCGUCGCCGAGCUGGACCGGAUCCUGGAGGCCUGCGCAUCCACCGGCGUGCAGUUCAUGGACGGCACCAUGUGGCUCCACCACCCGCGGACGGCCAGGAUGAAGGAGCUCUUGUCCGAUGCCGGCCGCUUCGGACCCCCCAAAGUGGUCCACAGCUCGUUCUCCUUCCUAGCUUCCUCAGAAUUUCUGAAUAAAGACAUAAGAACGAAGCCUGACUUGGACUCUUUGGGAGCACUUGGAGACCUGGGCUGGUACUGCAUUGGAGCCAUCCUGUGGGCAGUUGGCUACGAGCUCCCUGCCUUUGUUACAGCUCUCCCAGCCCUCCAUCUCAACCAAGCAGGGGUCAUCCUCUCUUGCGCCUCUUCUUUCCACUGGGAUGACGGCAAGGUGGCCACCUUCCACUGCUCCUUCCUCUCCCAAGUAACAAUGGACCUCUCCGUUCACGGGACCAUGGGCUCCCUCCAGGUGGAGGAUCUCGCCAUCCCAUACCAGGAGGACUCAGCUUCCUUUGAGUUCAAUUCUGGCGCACAUUUUGCUGAGCUCCACAUUGGUUGGUCCCCGAAGCCCGACAAGGUCACGGUGGCAGCUGAUCUUCCCCAAGAAGCUCUUAUGGUUUCGGAAUUUGCUAGGCUAGUUCAGAUGAUUCGGAGUUCUCAUCGCCGCCCAGACCCUAAAUGGCCGGACAUUAGCCGGAGAACACAGCUGCUCGUGGAUGCUGUCAAGCAAUCAAUUGAGAACAAUUUCAAGCCAGUGAACCUGUGAUUGUAGUGAAAUGGUUAACCCAAAAAUUGUGCGAAAGCUAUGUAGUCGAGAAGAUGAGCAAGGUCCGUACUUUGCUUCAAUUAGAUGUAUGAUGUUGGGUAUUGCCUUUCAAAUGCUCCAUGAAGAACUCACAAACUCUUCUGUUUUUGUAAUAAUAAUAAAAAACUCAGCUUCAUGUACCUUGCUUAGGUUCAAUGAAUCUUAUUACAAUCAUGCUGAAUUGCUCAAUAAAGCUUAUUCCAAUCUAA